GCCAUGCACAUUAUAGACUCAAAUCAAUUCGCUGCGAGAAAUAAAACUCGAUCCUCCUCUCCUCUGUCCUGCCCUGCCCUGCCCUGCCAUCACUGCCGCAUCGCAGCUCCUCGUCGGGCAGUUACCACACCAAACAACAUAGCCACGCAGCGCCGUCAUUCCUGCGCGCGGCUAUGCUACCGCAGUUCAACACUUCUCUCAGCUGGGUGCAGGAAGGCGGCGACGGCCAUGAACACCAGGGCCUCGGCCACGACCAGGCGGCGGCGAUGGGGAUGCUGCCCAUGAUGGGGCAGGAGGCCGGCAACCAGCGCCUCCUGCCCAUGCCCUCGGGGGAAGGCGGGGGUUUCGGCGCCCCGCCGAUGCUUCCUGAGCACGGCUGGUACUUCGACGACCAGGGCGCGCUCGGCGGCGCCGCCGGGAACGGGUCCAUGGUCCCUUCGCCGGCCACUAUGGAAGCAACGGGAUCAAGCUCCGGCUUCGGGGCUGGCUCCCAGAUGUUCCCGCUCCUCAACCCGGGAGUGGCCGGUACGGGACCGCUCGACGUCUCUGAGUUCGACCUCGACAUCCCCGGCGUUGGAGGCGGCGACCUCUCGGCGUUUCUUGGCGCCGGGAACGCGUCGAACGCAUCCCUGCUGCCGCAUGGGGACAGCGAGUUUCUCGGCUCGUUCCGUGGCUUCGGCACCGCACCGGCACAAAGGACGGACUUCGGUGGCCUCGCUGGUUACGACUUGUUCGGCACCGGCGCCCGGGGCUGGAGCGGCCCGUCCCUAGAGGUGCCGGCUGCUCCGGCGUCCCUGACCGCUCCCUUCUCUGGGCAGGGCAACGCGGCGGUGCUGAGGCCGCUGGAGAACCUCCCGGCGUCGGGCGCGCAGCCAACGCUCUACCAGAAGCGCGCGCUCCGGCGCAACGCCGGCGAAGAAGACGGCGAGAGGAAGCGUAAGGCACCGGCGGUGGCGUCAGCAAGCGCCUUCUCCGUGGAGCGUGCAGGUAUGAUGAUACUCGACGACGCCGACGAUGACACCAUCAGCCUCGACGCGUCCGGGCUGAACUACGACUCGGAGGACGGGCGGGACGUCGAGGAGAGCGGCAGGAAGGACGGCAAGGAGUCGAACGUCAACAGCACGGUCACCGGCGGCGCUGCGGCUGAAGGGAACAAGGGGAAGAAGAAGGGGAUGCCGGCCAAGAACCUCAUGGCGGAGCGCCGUCGCCGGAAGAAGCUCAACGACCGGCUCUACAUGCUUCGGUCUGUCGUGCCCAGGAUCAGCAAGAUGGACAGGGCCUCCAUUCUUGGUGAUGCAGUCGAGUACCUCCAGGAGCUCAAGCAGAAGAUCAAUGAUCUUCAGAAUGAGCUGGACUCAUCUCCUUCCACGUCCUCGCUGCCUCCGACACCUACAAGCUUCAACCCUCUGACUCCUACAAUGCCCGCACUGCCAUCUCGCGUGAAGGAGGAGCUGACAAGCCCUACUGCUCAGCAACCAUGUGUUGAGGUUGGGCUUCGGGAAGGCCGGGCCGUCAACAUCCACAUGCUAUGCCCUCGCAGGCCUGGUCUUGUGCACUCUGCCAUGAAGGCCCUUGAAGACCUUGGUCUUGAUGUGCAGCAAGCUGUGAUCAGCUACUUCAAUGACUUUACCCUGGAUGUCUUCAAGGCUGAGCAGUGCAAGGACGAUGGCCCUGGUCCUCAGCCUGAGGAAAUCAAGGCGGUGCUCCUGCAAUCUGCGGGGUUCCAGCCAGCGGCCUAGGAGGGCAGGAGAGCCCCAACCAAGCGCAAAGGACAGCAUAUAUAUAUAGCAAAGGAAUUUGCAGCGAGUUUUUUCUUUCGAAAAGAGGAAUUUUGCAACAAUAAUAAGCGACUUCAUCUUGAGUGGUCUCUCAACCUGCUCACAGGUUUCCUGAACCAGUUUAUCUGCCAGUCUUUAGAGUCUGAAAUAAUGUCAGUUAUCUGUUUUACCUGAGUACUUCUCGGUACAUGAUUGUUUUCGUCAAUCGUCAUGUUUAGGUCUGAACGAGAAUUGUGUCUGUUGUCUGUUGAUUAAUAAGGCGUAAAC